AUGGUUUCAUUCCAGUGCCAUAGUUGUGGCGAUGUGGUCAAAAAGCCCAAGCUCGACCAACAUCACAGCAGAUGUCACGCUGGUUUCGAUUGCAUCGACUGUUCCAAGACGUUCAAUUCACCGGGGGAGUGGAAGGGCCAUACAUCAUGUAUAAGUGAGGCCGAAAAGUAUCAAAAGAGUCUGUACAAAGGCCCCAAGACUGGCGAACAACAACAAUAUAAGAACAAUUACACGACGGCUGGGUCUGUUGUUCCUGGACGAGGGCGAGGUGGUCCUAUCGGUAACCGUGGGGGCAGGGGUGGAGGUUAUAGCAAUGGCUGGCAAAAGGAUCGGAGCACAGGUGCCAAUACGACGCCUCUAGGGACACCUGUCCGUCUGUCACCUCCGGUCCCGGUCCCAACCCCCGUCGAUGAUACCCCUUCUACUUCUCAACUGAAGGUCGUCCCACCUUCUAAACAGCCGACUACUAAAACUGUACAAGAAGCGGUACCUAAGGGCCAAGGGAAGGAGAAGCGUAAGGAUGAGUCGAAAAAGCGUAAAUCUCCGGCGCCUGAGGAAGAUUUAGCCACUUCUACUGAAGCUGAACCCGCGAAGAAGAAGGCCAAACUUCCGGAGCCCGGCGAGAGCUCUGGGAGUAAACCCGAGAAGAAGAAAAAGAAGGCGAGUCGGAAGGAAGAAGAGAUAUCCGAGAAGAAUGAGGGACAACUAGACGGUGAGAUGAGCAAGAAGGAUAAGAAGGAACGCAAAAAGAGCAAGAAGUCAACGGCUGUGGACCCAUCAGUCCUUGAUAAGUCGACUGUGGUCAACGGCGAGGGAGAUCGGGCAGCUGAGACGAAAGAGGGGCAGUCUGGCGGAGUAGAGCUUGUGGCGAACGAAGAGGGCAAGUCCAAAAAGCGAAAAAGGUCGAAGGCCGACCAAAACCCUGUACCCGCUGACGAUGGUACUGCUGGAGACCCAGACAAGAAGGGCAAGCCAAAGGAUGCCAGUCUCGCGAACACUCAGGCCGAAAGCGAGAAAGGCAAAAAGAAAUCGAAAAAGGGCAAGUCCGUAGCAGAGGUGCCCCCGGAAGCCGUUCAGGCAAAUGAAGCUGCUCAGGAUCCCGAAACACACGAUGCGAAAGCCACUACUGACUCCAAGAAAAAGCGGAAACGCAGCCACGUCGAUGAGGCGGACGCCUCUCAUACAGAACCGUCCCCUAAAGAGAAGUCGAAGAAAUCAAAGAAAACGAGUAAACCUUCGAAUGAUUCCCAAUCCGAGGCAGCCAUAUUAGGCGACUCGAACGCCAUCCCAGACUCAAAAUCGGUAUCAGGCGGAGAUGUGAAGGUGAAAAAGGACAAGAAGUCUAAAAAGGAUAAAAAGGCUGAGGCAGCGGCUUCGGCUGCUUGA